UAUCUCAGAAAGUCAUACAUUCCUGGAUAAAGUUCAGAGCCAAUGUGGGAUCUGUGAAGGUCAGCUGAAGAUGAGGUCAUCAGUGUGCAUUAUUGCUCUGGUGGUUCUGGUUCUGCCUGGCGUGCACACAUUUAUGCCAAUAGGUAGUGGCAACACGCAUGUGACCAUCACCGGCAAUGCUGUGAUGAAAAAGAUCUCUGAAGUAUGUGAGGCGGUGGCUGAGUCAGAAGGAAGACCAUUCAAACCAGCAGGUUCCUCUGCAGAGGAACUGUUACGUGCGUGUUUGGGUACAGACACUGGUCAGGUGUCAGGUGCCAAGUUCCAUGAAGCCCUGAAUCAGAUUUACAUGCAGAAUGGACUAGUGGAUCGUGACUUUGUGUCCAGUAACCCGCAUCACUUCAAUAGUGAGGCUUUUAAGGAGGGACAUUCUCUGAUCAUCCAGGGUAUCGCCUCAGUCAAAGCCAGCAUUCGUAAAGAUAACUUACAGGCUGCUCGGGAAACACUAGGAAGAGUCUUACACACUCUACAGGAUUUUUACAGCCACACUAAUUGGGUGGAUCUGGGUAACAAGAAAAUAUAUGUCAACCUCAUUAGAGCAGAUCUCACCAUCGACAAUGUUGCAGAUGUGGACACCCCAACCUGCAGUGACUGUGCCAGCGGUACUUGUUCAAACCCUGUGCUGCCCUCUAUUAUAAAACAGAGGAAACUCACAUCAGGAUACAUGGGCCUGUUUUCUUCCAACAAACCUAAAGGUAAAUGCAGUCAUGGUGGAAAUGAUGAUCUGAGCAGUACCCAGAAUCCUCGUGGUGGGAUCAGUAAAGAUGAGCGCCGUGCCCAUAACGCAGCCCUACACGACACCGCAGUUGCACUGGCAACAGAUGCUACUCUUGAGCUCCUGGAGGAUAUUCGUGGAGCCAUUGGCAAUAAAGAUUAUUUGCGGAUGAUGGGCAUUGCUCGUACUGCUGUCUUAUGCUUUGUAAUUGACACAACAGGCAGCAUGGCUGAUGAUAUUGCCGAGGCCAAGAGAGUUGCAUACCAAAUCAUUGACAGUAAGAAAGGGACACAGGAUGAACCUUCAGAAUAUAUAUUGGUCCCAUUUAAUGAUCCCAGCUUUGGACCACUUAUAAGGACAACAAACUCAGACAAGAUGAAGACUGAGAUUUCAAAACUCGAUGCAAAGGAUGGUGGCGAUGAACCAGAAAUGUGUUUGUCAGGACUGCAGCUGGCUCUGACUGGAGCUCCUUCAUCCUCUCAAAUUUAUGUUUUUACUGACGCCUCUGCAAAAGACGUGCACUUAGAAAGAACCGUCAUCGCCCUCAUCCGCAGCACCAAGUCCACAGUCUCUUUCUUCAUAACAAAUACUAAGAGAUCAACAAGAUCUUUGAGCACGCAGGAACGCUCAGGUUUCCUGGUGUAUUAUAACAUGGCUUUGGCCUCUGGAGGUCAAGCUAUAGAAGUCUCUAAAGCCAGCCUGCCCAGUGCUACUGACAUCAUCUUAGACACCUCCACAUCUGCUUUGGUAACGAUCCUGCAACGAGCCAGGAACCCAGGUCGUGUGGAGAAUUUCCCCUUCCUAUUAGAUGCAUCUUUGUCCAAUGUUAUUGCUUAUUUGACAGGAAAUAACCUCAGGUUCACUCUCUAUAGCCCAUCAGGUGUGUCUCAGCCUUACACUGCAAAUAAAGGGCCUCUCGCUACGAUUCAGACCGUGGGGAACCUUCAGCGGCUUCACUUGAACAAUUUAACUGAAACGGGCCUGUGGCGCAUCAGCAUGGAAUCCACAGAGGCCUACACCAUCAAAGUGACAGGUCAAAGUGCAAUAACUUUAAUUUACAACUUCGUGGAGGAAUUCAGUGGACCCCACUCAGGAUUUGCUAUUAUUGAUGGUCGCCCACAGAAAGGCUUACCUGCUAAGCUGUUACUGACAGUAACUGGACAGAAGGGUGCUGAAGCUCUGAAGCUACAGGAAGUUGCUCUAGUGGACGUUUCAAACACCAAUGUGGCGAAUGGAACCAUGGAACAAAUGGAUGGUGGAAACUUUCUGGUUACUGUAAAUCAAGUUCCAGAAGGAGAAUUUGUGGUUAUGAUGAACGGAGAAGAUACAACCACCUCAAGCUACUUCCAAAGGCAGACUACAACACAGAUGUCCCAGACUAAAGUCACUGUCAAGGCUGUAGUAAGCAGAGCAAUGGUGCCAGGAAAAGACUUUAAAGUACUUUUUACAGUAACUACUAAUGGAGCCGGUGGAGUCUUCAACAUUAAUGCUAAGAAUGACAAAGAUUUUCCUCUGACAUAUGACCCCAGCCUUACCGUGAACACAGGAGGUCAUACUUCAGGCACAGUGACUGUCAAACCUCCUGCAAACACCGCAUCAGGAACUGAUGUUACGCUGACCAUUCUGGCUGAAGGGCCUGUAGCUGCUGAUUCUAACUAUGCCGUGCUCCGCCUUUCAGUCCUCGCCGAGUUAACUGACUUUACUCCUCCGAAGUGUGAGAUUAUUGGCACAACUGCUAUCUGUCCAUCUAACUGCUCCCAGUCAAGCUGGAACCUGUCUGUCAACAUCACAGACGGCAAUGGUACUGGUAUUGAACACAUCUCCAUCCAGAAAGGCAGUGGCAAAUUCUUCUCUGAGACUGUGGAGGAUGGGGGUAUAACCGUAGUGAUGGGUUACUACACUGCCUCCUGCUGCUCACCUGAUGUAAUUGUGACCGCUGUUGAUAAGGUGGGAAAUGUAGGGAAAUGCACACACUCUGUCCAGAGGAGCGGAGGGGUUUCCCACAGUCUGUCUCUGCUUCUGUGGGCCUGUCUGGUGGUUUCAGCCCUGAACAUAAUGCGUGAUGUGCUUCCACUGUAAUGAAAAAAAUGCAUAAAUAAUAAAGUCCUUGAGCAACCACAUAAAAAACUUCCCCGAUACAAUAAAAAUGACUUACACCACAGUGUUUAAGGUCAAAGGUGAGUGAAAUACUAUCACAUUAUUGUCAAAUAUUAUUUUAAAUCAGUUUAAUUUAAUAAAUUAGUAGAAAUGCUAUACAUUUCUAUUUAAACCAAUUUAAAUCUUUUUUCUGGCAAAGAUACUCGAUACGCCAAAACCUAAUUUUCUUCAGUCAGUAAAUGGCCAUCCAUAUCUUAUUCAACUAUUAAUUAAAUAUGAACUGAGAAUCUGUUUAGCAAGUUUUAAUCUAUACUCUGCUUUUGCUUAUGAGUGCAUGCGUAUAAAUAUUCAUAAAUACACUAUAUGGCC